GGCCAACUCUCACUAAUGGAAGGUUUCAUCUGUUCCUGUUUCUUUGCACAUCAACACUGUAAAAACAUAUUUACGUACAUGCUCAACACAUUGCUAAUAAUAUAGAGACAUCAGAUCUGUCUCUGGUAUCUGUGACAUGCUUCCAAUGCACUUGAACUGGAUGCAAUACUCAGAGUGCAGGUUUACAGUGGAUGAACUAUUCACGGUAUGGCAGGAAUAACAGUCUGAAAAAAAAAAAGUUGUAAUAAUAUCCACGUGCACUGGCUGACUGACACCAGCACAAAUUCACUUUCAUGAUAUCUACCAACCAGCAUGACAGCCAAAAUUCAGUGCGAAAUUCUUCUUCAUCUUCUUCAAUGUUGGUUGAUGGUUUACUAAGAAUUUCCCAUUGGAGAAGUAUUACACUCGUUUUACACUGUCAUACCGUAUUACUUAAACCUGCUGGUUUGAAAAUUGGACUGACCCUGGAAUUUGCUUAAAAAAACACAGCCAAAGUGAAUAGUCUGUAUACUAUGAAUGGGUUACAUAUUGCAUGUAGCAGCUUUUUAAUGUCUAGGGCUCCAUGGAACAGUCUCCUCUUGUGUCUGGUCUGAUGGUGCCCCCUCCUCUCCCACCGGUCUCUCCCUCUUGCUCCUCCCUGUGCUCCUCCCCUGACAACCCGGACUCUCUUUCGGAUCGUGUCUGUGCGGGCUCGGGCAGUGCUGCAAGCCGGCAGGCACUUAGUCAUAGCAGCUCUUCUUGGAUGAGAACGUGUAUGACUGCCCGUUGGACUAAAGGAAGCUAAGGAUUUUAAAGCGUAUCAAGUUUGUGGUGUGAUGUAUCCACGCACGCACCAGUGGGUAAACUCGGCGCGUAACAAGUGAAAUAGACAGCUGCUGUUGAGAUCGCUCCGAAAACGGCAACAUACAUUAGAUUUUUAGAGGGAUUAUCAUAACAAAAGAACGCAAGGACAAAGACCAUAAACACAGCGGUUGCUGCCUGAAUUAUUCAAAAAUAAUCCAAAAACUCAGACUUUUUUUUUUUUAAAUUGAAACGCUGCAGAGGCGAUGAGCACUGCGGAGGGAGAGAACGCUUUCAUUCAUUGGACAUAAAGCUGUAUGCUGUGUUUUGGCCAGUCAGCCUUUUUUCGCUUCAACCACCCUGAAGAAGCCUUGAGGAUGAAGAGCAUGAUGUCCCCGGGAGGCACCGUGUCCACAGCGGACUACAGACGAUGUGCAGACUCGGAAAGCUUGGUCAAUGGGAAUCAUCAAGGCAGUCCAGCACAGUCUUCCCAAGAAAUUGGUGAGAGAAUCCAGUCGGAGCACAGUGCAAUUGUAAGCUCUAUUGAAAAAGACCUCCAGGACAUCAUGGACUCCUUAGUCAUGGAUGAUCUUGAAUCUUGUUCCUCUGAAGACAAAAUGCCUCCUGGGGGCCAACCGUUGACUCAUUCACCCCUGUUACCCAUGGUCAAUGGUGGGGGCAGGUAUUUGCUGUCCCCUCCUACAAGUCCUGGGGCCAUGUCCAUGGGAUCCAGCUAUGACAAUACAUCGCCACCCUUCUCUCCUCUCUCUUCUCCUUCAGCAGCCAGCAGUGGUAGCUUUACGAGUCCAUCUGGUGGAGCACCCCAGGACCACAUUUCUUCUCUGCCGCCAGUGCCUGCACGCUCCUCCAGCUACAACUUCACCAGCCAUUCGCAACUUGUACCCCAGCCACGGACCAACCUACCUAACUUUAAUGGUGGCGGCGUAGGUCAGAAGGUUCAAGAAAGCCCCAGACUGCAAAGAAAGAUCUUAGGGGAGGCACCCCCAAGCCCGAAGCCUAGUCGCAGAGGAUUAUGCCAAGAUGGGUUGGACAGUCCCAGAGAGACCCCAUUUUUAUCUUUGAAUGAAUCCCCCAGUAGCAGAAAUAUUGUGCCAAGUAGCCCCGCUUUCACUCCCAAGUUCCCAACAUCCGCUUCCAUGUCCGCUCCUAUGAGGACCAAGACAACCACUGUGCUUCAUGACAGACCUGCUAGCCCUUUCAGAGAGCAGACAACCUUUGCCGAUCGCUCCAUCACCUCAAGCCCAUCCAGGCAACUCUGCCAACCUACAAAGGCCUUUCAGCCACCUCUCGAUCCCGUUGUCCAUAUCAUUCAAGGCUCACCGUGCCAGCAGCUGCCAGAAAGCCCUCGCAUGAUUCGGCGAAACAUAGAACUGAAUGGCGGAGGAGGUAAUAUGAGAGAACUUCCACCUCUAAGUCCCUCCAUUGCUCGUAGAGGCGUCCCAGUACUCCCAGGGGCCCUUCCAGGAACGGUACAAUGUACAACCCUGAAGACACCUGAUAGCACCUCAGGUCUGGGCACACUCAUCUCAGAGAGUCCCAGGCUUCAACGUAAGACUGGAACUACAGCUGUUGAUUUGACUGGCAGCUGGGGAAUGCGAGCCCGUAGUCCUUCACCCACUUCUCUGAUGAUGGAAAGUGGCACGGGAAUUCGAAAGGCCAACUUUGGCAAUUCUCUUUCAUCAGCAUAUAGUCUUGGUUCCCUUCCUGGCUCAUCACCCAUGUCCAGUCCCAGAAUCAACAGGAAAGUAUCAACAGGGCGACCGGGGAUGAGGGAGAGAAAGAACAGCAUCUCAGAAAUCAGCGACAAUGAAGACGAGCUGGUGGAAUACCAUCGACGACAGAGGGAGGAACGACUUCGAGAGCAGGAAAUGGAGAGACUGGAGAGACAGCGACUGGAGACAAUCCUUAAUCUUUGUGCUGAGUACAACAAAGGAGAGAGCACUAGCCCCGAUCCACUCAGCUUUGGGAAGACGAGUUUUCCAGGAGGCUUUUCAGAUGGCUCAGUGCAGGGGGCAUCCAUUGAAAGCAUCCUUGGAGGAACUUCGACCUCAACCUCUUUGCGUCUGGCACAGAGACAGAGGGAGAGCGAUGAGGAGAACCUGAAGGAGGAGUGUAGUAGUACAGAAAGCACUCAUCAGGAGGUGAGGACAUCACCGGCUCCAUGCACAGCAUCUGCGCUGCUCAAUGGAGGCAAACAGCAUGAGGACAUGGCGAGUUCUGAUCGAAUGGAACUGGGUUAUCUGGAGGAAGAAAGAGUACGUGUUCUGUCAAGGCUUGAUGAACUCAAAACCCGGCUGACGGAACUGGAUCAACAAUACCAAGAGUCCAAACAAGAGGCUGAGAUGGAACGUGCCUUGCUGCAGGGAGAGAGACAAGCAGAGCUCGACCAGAUCGAGGUGGAGAUGGACAUCAUCAGUCAGCUGCAGCGCAAGCUAGAUGAGCUGGAAAUUGCCAUUCAGCAUGAGAAAGACAAGGAGAGGGCUAAUGUGGAGGCCGAGCGCCGGGCCCUACAGAGACUCCAGGAGGGCCAUGCUGAGCUGAAGAACCAGUUGCAUAACUGUCCCGAGUCCCUGCGCGAACAGUUGCAGGAACGGUUCAAAAGGGAUGGAGAAGCUCUGGAAGCAGGAACCAAGAAGUUUGAAGAUCUGGAGUUUCAACAACUUGAGAGAGAAAGCAGCUUGGAGGAGGAAAGGGAGACAAUGAGCCAGCAGUUGCUACAGGAGAGAGCAGAGUACCACAGCACUGUUGCCAAGAGGAAGGAGAAAGUGUCUGCUUUGGAAAAUCAGGCCAACCAGUUGGGCCUCCAGGCAUCUCAGGAAUGUGAGCGUCUCGCCAAAGACAGGACCAUCACACUGCAAAUGCUCCAAAAGGAGAAGGACAGGCAUACUGCUUUGGAGCAGAGGUAUCACAGUUUAACUGGAGGAAAGAGCUUCCCAAAGUCCCAUACAACCAUGAGAGAAUCUGAGGGCAUCAGGCAUCCACUGCUCAAACUAGAUUUAGAACAGUGGUACCGGGAGCUGUUGUCAGGUUCCAGCCAGCUCUGGUCUCCCUCUCUGCCAGCCAAGUCUAUGUCUGGCCGCAGGCCCGCGCUGCAGGUGUUCCGCUCCAAGCUGGAAAGCGAUCCAGGACAAUCUCCUCAUUUAGUAAAGUCUGGAUCCACUCAGCAGGAGGGAGCAGCAACAUUGGGCCGCAACACGAGCUCCAAGAGCCCUCUUCUAGCCUCCCAAAGCUCUAGCAGUCUGCCCAGAAACCUGGCUGCCACCAUGCAGAGCAUCGAGACCAAGAGACAGCUCGCUCUGCAGCAGAAAGAACCUCAGGCCUCCAGUCAGCCACCCAUAGAGGGAAGAUCAGCAGGUCAGCAGGUUAUUGAAGAGCAGCGACGUCGUCUGGCGGAGCUCAAGCAGAGAGCCGCAGAAGAGGCUCAGUGCCAGUGGGAGGCGCUCCAUGGCCUGCAGCCUCACCUCAUCACCUCCACGCCCUCCUACUCCCCAAUAAUGACCUACAGUCCCGCACUGAGUCACAAGUCUACAGGCCCCCCUCCUCUGGUCCAACACUCCAUCCUGCACCACCAUCCGGCAUCAGCCGGAGAGCAGGCCUACGACACCCUGAGCUUAGAGAGCUCUGACAGUAUGGACACCAGCGUGUCCACAGGAAACAACUCUGCCUGCUCACCUGAUAAUUUGUCCAGUGUUGGAGGACCGGAGGCUCAGAAGAUUGAAGAGAUGGAGAAAAUGCUGAAGGAGGCACAGAUGGAGAAAGCCAGACUUAUUGAGUUUCGGGAACAGGAGAGCUUCACUCGCCAUCAGAUGUUGGAGGAAGAGCGGAAAAGGAGGGAAGAAGCAGAGAAAAGACUGCAGGAUGAAACUCUCCACCGACAGCAGCUGGUGGAGAAGGAAGUUAAGUUGAGGGCCAAGAACUUCUCUCAGGCCCGUCCCAUGACACGCUACCUGCCAAUUAGGAAAGAGGAGUUUGACCUUCGUGCCCACAUUGAAACAUCAGGCCACAGUGUGGACACCUGCUACCACAUCAUACUCACUGAGAAGAUGUGCAAGGGCUACCUGGUCAAGAUGGGAGGAAAGAUCAAGUCAUGGAAGAAACGCUGGUUUGUCUUUGACCGCCUCAAAAGGACCUUCUCAUACUAUAUGGACAAACACGAGACCAAGCUGAAGGGUGUGAUCUACUUCCAGGCUAUCGAAGAGGUUUAUUAUGAUCACCUCCGCAGCGCCACAAAGAGCCCAAACCCCGCCUUGACGUUUUGCGUGAAGACCCACGACCGGCUCUAUUACAUGGUGGCGCCCUCGGCAGAGGCCAUGAGGAUCUGGAUGGAUGUGAUAGUCACAGGAGCUGAGGGCUACACUCAAUUUCUGAACUGACAAUGCAAAUGGUGACGUGCUUAUUUUCGGCAGGGACUCUGAAGACACUACCCAUUUGUAGUCUACGGCUUAUUGUUUGUUGUCUUUUUUUUAAUUUUUUUUAAAUCACACAAUUUCACUCAGUCGUCACCGCCACUCAUUGAAAAGGGGAGCUCCUGGAGUGUACACACACACGCACACACACUCACACACACACCUCUGUAUAUAUAUAUAUAUAAACCAAAAUGUACACAGACUUUAGAAAGCCUUUCUAUAUUGCCAAAUGAAGAUCUUUUGUAAUGCAGUUUAAUUUUUUUUUUUUUUUUUUAAACUGUGUUGAAAACGUUGCCAAAUGUUAACAACCUAUUUGUUUGAGCAGCCAUAUGCUCAGUGGUAAGGUACACUUGUAUUUACAGUAUAAUGCAGCAAAGUUCAUCAUCCUUCUUUCUUUGGUCCAUUAAAAAGCAGUCUUGACUUUCAAGACAUACUACAGAUUACAUACAGCAUCGGCACAGGUGCAUGCUUCAGUUCAUCUUACAGCUAGUACAGUAUUUGGAGCCAUUCCAGCUCAGGGCUUUAUUCAGCCAUGCACACUGGGAUUUGACCAACAUGGGCUGUCAUUUCACUAUCACACUAGUGAUGAAAGUAUUUUGUGUAUUGAGAUGAAUAUUGCUCAAUGCCAAGAUGAUGACAUAUUUCAACCGUUUUGAAGUGCAAAGUGUGCAUCUUUUGUUUCUGGAUUCUGGUAGCUGUUAAUUUAGCAUUAUUAACACUAAAACAGGGACCUAUUAGCACUUCAAUAGAUGACUUGCUAUCAAGUUCUAAAAUGUAUCAACUUCAACCCAAAGUUAACUUUUAGUGUCAGCAAUGAGUCACUUGAAAGUGUUUUGUUGGUACCUUCCUACUUCCUGAAUGCUUAACAUGACAAAGCUAAUAUCAUAAGCUUCAUUUGCUGCAGACUUCAGAGCUUUAGUUUAACUAUAACCGUACACUCCAUAUUAACACAAGUUUCCCUGUUUCCAUGAACAUUAAGUCCGUGCUUAAGUAUUUAUUUUUACCCCCUUACUGGGGCAUGUGCUUAUAAAAUUAAAUGUUUUAAGAUACCGGUGGCUUGCAAACAAGCAUACAGCAUUAGUCUAACAGCCCCCAGUUGACUCACGAACAGGAAUGUGCUGCUACACAAUGUCGGCACGUUGCCAUAGAGUGCACAACACACAUUUUUACAUAAACCCUGCAAGCUUUUAUCAAAUCUCUUAAAUUUGAUUUUUUUUCCCCCUCUCUCUCACUCCAAAAACACUGGACGGAAAAAAUUGCCAGUGCUCAUUUUGAUUAUAUUAAUAAUUAUGUAUUACAUGAAUUGGGUAAUAUUGGCCGCUUUACUGCAAAAGUCCAUUCUACACUCUAAAAUACAAUUGAGGGGUGUGCCUUUAUCAAACAACCCCAUCAGUAUGAAUAUAUUUGAUGUUAUACCUGUUUACCACACUUGAGAUUUCAAGGAGUAUAAGUGACAAAUACAUUACAGUUAAUUACAAUGGCAUUCUUUAUUAAAGCUAUUUUGGUUAAUGCAACAUGUACUCCGAUUCAACAAUCAAAACAAAUGAACUUUGAAUUAUAAUUGACCACAUCAGUUAUCUCCCAGUCAGCUGCAUAAUGUGUUGCAAUAAUACCGCUACUGUAAAUUUCUACUGUGAUUAGAAGCACACACAAAGUGACUUGAUGUCUGUGUUGCCCCUGAUAUUGUGAGUCAACAGAUUUGUCAUGAAUGUAGCGUUCUGAAACAAGCAUGGAAGGAGGAUCUUUGUGUAGUUGAGUAGGUUGGUCAUAAUUUAAGGUUGUUGUGCCUCAAAUAGUGGUUUACCUCCUAAAAGUAGUCUAAAGACUUUAAUAUAUUGUCUUCCUUGCCUUUACUCUUCCUGCACACUCGGCGUGCAAACCAAAUUUGACAAUGGCAAGGCUGUUAAAUCCUGUUUGUUGAUAUAGUAUGAUGUGCUGAUGAUAUCUAUAAUGAAAAGAAAGUAAAAUAUACUGUAUAAAAAAGGUGCCUGAAUGGAAGUAUAAUAUUGAAAACAAACACAAUACUAUUAUUUUAUUUGUUGUUGCCCAUUUUAUUUCAUGACUGUUACAUUUCAAAUUGUAUGGUACUGUAGUGAUGAAUUUAAUCUAUUUUUUAAAAGAUGAAAAGGUACAGUACACACACCCAUACCCCCACACAGCACUCUUUUUUUCUAUAGUUUGUUUUUACAGUUAUUGGUAACUUGUAUGUAUCAUCCUCCACUUUGAGUUAAAAACGUGGAUUUGUCAAUUCUAUUAAAACUGUUAAAGAGCAGACUGAUUUUCUUGGUUUCAGUGGGUUCAAAGUGUUCAAAGGUUUCCAGUGUUGAGGCAAGGCAGCAAUAACUAAUAAGUGAAUUCCGAUUUCAAAAGAAAGGCUCAGAGAGGGGAAAAAAACAUCAUUUGCAAUCACAAGGGUUCCCUCAAAAUUCAAACACCAAAGGAAAGAAAGAAAACACGUCUACAAGUUAGAUGAACUGUCUUCCAGAUAUGAAUCUGAGUCAUCUCCUCUGUUCAUUUAAAGCUAGUUGAUAACGUCACCUGUAAAACAAACACAAUUUUUAUCAUUUACACGGUAUGGUCCCCCAGUAUGUGUUGCAUAAGCUUUACUGAAAUCACUGAUCCCCCUCUUAACUAGCAUCACCAUUUUAUUUGCUUGAAAUUCAAUGUUAAAUUCGAGUGGAACCUUCGAUUGAGGUCAAACAUACUUUUUCCAUGACACCUGAUUCUGAACUAAAUACAUUUUAGCAGCUUAAUUUUGUUUUUCUCAAAGUGUCAUAUUCAGAAAUGUUUAAUUCCACUAUAUCGUACAAUAAACCAGAUCCAUGUAACUUA